CACGACGUCACGCCGAAAUCCCCCUCCCCCUACACGGUAGCCCUCCGGUCGCUGCCGGUGGGUGACCGCCCAUACCGGCAGCACUCGCCGUACUCCUCCACCCCACCACCCCCACCUCUCCCUCCCCUCCCCGCCCCACGCUCCCGCCGCCGCAAGCGGAGGAGAACGCCCUCUCCCUCUCUCUCCCUCUCGCUCGCUAGGUGAGGAGGGGGCCCCCCGGAGGGGACGCGCUGGGGAGGCCGGCGGCGGCGAUGGAGAGCAGCAGCGAGGAGGAGCUGCUGGAGGAGGACUUCCCGGGCCACGAGUGGAUCACCCCGCAGUCCUCCAUCCGCGCCGCCUACCAGUCGCAUACCGAGAAGGGUAUCAGGAAAAUUUGCUCUGAGCUAUUGGAGUUGAAGGAUGCUAUUGAAAACUUGUGUGGGAAUAUGCAGUCGAAAUACCACGCUUUCCUCCGAAUAUCCGAGGAGGUUGUUGAGGCAGAACAAGAGUUAAUUGAGUUGCAGAAGCAUGUGUCUGCCCAGGGGAUUCUUGUGCAAGAUCUAAUGAGCGGUGUGUGCCGUGAACUUGAAAUGUGGCAAAAAUAUUGCAAGGAUGAAAACGUUGAAGAGAAGGACCUUCAAACAGAACUUGAUGAAAUUUUGUCCUGUGAUACCCAAGAUUCCAAGGUUAGUUUUCUGGAUAAGUUAGAUAUUUUGCUUGCAGAGCACAAAAUAGAGGAGGCAUUGGUUGCUCUGGAGACCGAGGAGAAGAAAUAUAUGGCUAUGGAUGAUUCUGGCAAAGAAUUAGACGCAGAGAUUUCUGCCUAUAAGACAGCACUAUCCAAAAGAAAAUCAAUUCUUGAGGAUCAGCUUGUUAGGUAUUCAGAACAACCUUCUUUAUCUAUUACCGAGCUAAGGAAGUCUUUGUCUGGCCUUAUUAAGAUCGGCAAAGGUUCUCUAGCACACCAAGUUCUUCUAAAAGCUUAUGGGUCACGUCUUCAGAAAAAUGUUGAAGGAUUUCUUCCAACCUGUUCAAUCUACACAGAAACGUACUCUGCAACUUUGUCAAAGCUUGUUUUCUCAGCUAUCUCAAAGGUAUCCAAAGAAUCUAGUACACUAUUUGGCGAUAGCCCCAUGAAUUUGAACCGGACCAUUCAGUGGGCUGAAUAUGAAAUAGAAACCUUUGCACGUUUGGUUAAAGAAAAUUCUCCUUUGCCUGAGAGUGUCUCUGCCCUUCGUUCUGCCUGCAUAUGCAUCCAAACUAGUCUCACUCACUGCUCUUAUCUAGAAUCAUAUGGCCUGAAAUUCUCAAAUUUACUUAUGGUACUAUUGCACCCCUAUGUUGAAGAAGUGCUUGAACUAAAUUUUAGAAGGCUGAGAAGAAAGGUUAUAGAUUCGGCAAAAAAUGAUGAUAUUCUGCUUCCCAGCCCUCAAGAAGGAUCACGGCUCUCUAGUGCAGUUGCACCAAAUAUCAUGCUUACAAGCAGUGGAAAGAAGUUCAUGUCCAUUAUUAACGAUGUUUUGGAUCAAAUUACCCCAAUGACUAUAAUUCACUUUGGUGGAACAAUUUUGAAUAAAUUUGUCCAACUAUUUGAUAAAUAUGUUGAAGCACUAAUCGAAGUCUUACCAGGAGCUUCUGAAGAUGAUCAUCUAGUGGAGUCAAAAGAGCCUAUAGAAUUUAAAGCAGAAAGUGAUGCACAGCAGAUUCAACUCAUUGGAACAGCAUAUACUGUUGCAGAUGAAUUAUUGCCAGCAGUCGUAUCCAAGUUUUUUGAUAUCCAAGCUGAGAAGAAGAGAAUAGGUGGAUCAGGCGAGGGCCUUGGCUCUGGAUCUAUAUUCUCCAUAGAAUACAAAGAGUGGAAACGUAGUCUGCAACAUUCAUUGGAUAAACUGAGGGAUCAUUUUUGCCUACAGUAUGUCUUAUCAUUUAUUUACUUAGAAGGGAAAUCACGACUGGAUGCUAGAAUGUACUUGGAACUGAAAACUGAUGAUCUUCUUUGGGAGUCUGAUCCCUCACCGUCACUGCCUUUCCAGGCGCUGUUUGUAAAGUUGCGGCAACUAGCUAGUGUUGCUGGUGAUGUCUUACUGGGUAAAGAGAAGAUACAGAAGGUCUUACUCUCGAGGCUAACUGAAACGGUUGUCAUGUGGCUCUCCAAUGAACAGGAGUUUUGGGACGUUUUUGAGGAUGAAUCCAUCCAACUCCGGCCUUCAGGACUGCAGCAGCUUAUUCUUGAUAUGCAUUUCGUCGUUGAGAUUGCUGUCUGUGGACGGUAUCCACACAGACCUGUUCAGCAGCUUGUGUCGGUAAUCAUAACUAGAGCGAUCGCAGCUUUCUCAGCGAGAAAUGUUGACCCACAAAGUUCUCUACCUGAGGAUGAAUGGUUUCUCGACAUGGCCAAGGUUGCAAUUAAUAAGCAGCUAGGGACUUCAGGAUCUGAGUCCGAGCUUGAGGAACCUGUUGCUGUACAUGAUGAAAUCUCGGAUUCUGAAGAGAGUACCAUUUCAAGCCCAUCGACGAUAGGAUCUGAAGAAUCAUUUGCUUCUGCAAACAAUGAUGACCUAGAAACCCCUGUAUAUUUCACUGAUCCGGAGGCAUAAGAGUUACCCAGAACUCACUGUAGAUGUGAUUGUAGUUAUUUAAACUUCUAGUUUAUUAUCCUACAUACUUGCAGAAAAAAUGAAAAUCCAUAUU